AUGGCUCCUACACGUUCUGAACCAUUCGAUGAUUCCUCUGCUCUCAUUGAUUUUGUUAUUAACCAAGGGAAUGGAGUGAAGGGCUUGUCUGAAAUGGGUCUCAAAGCCCUCCCCAAGCAAUAUAUCCAACCUUUGGAAGAAAGGAUGUGCAUGACCAACAUCUUAGCCCAAGAAACCAUUCCCAUCAUUGAUAUGUCAAAGUGGGAAGACCCCCAAGUGGGAAAAUCAAUUUGUGAUGCUGCUUCGAAAUGGGGGUUCUUCCAGAUUGUUAACCAUGCUGUACCCGUUCAAGUUCUGGAGAAUGUUAAAGAUGCCACUUAUAGGUUCUUUGGGCUACCGGCUGAAGUUAAAAAUAAGUAUUCCAAGGGACAUUCAUCUUCCAAUAAUGUGAGGUUUGGCACUAGUUUUACCCCUCAAGCAGAGAAGGCUCUCGAGUGGAAAGAUUAUCUCAGCUUGUUUUAUGUCUCCGAAGAAGAGGCUUCUGCACUGUGGCCUUCUGUCUGCAGGGAGCAAGUGCUAGAUUACAUGAAGAAGUCUGAAGUUGUCAUUAAACAGCUAUUGCAGGUGCUAAUGAAGGGUCUGAAUGUGAAUGAGAUUGAUGAAACAAAAGAAUCAUUGUUGAUGGGUUCAAUGAGGACUAACCUUAACUACUAUCCCAUCUGUCCAAACCCUGAACUCACCGUUGGAGUAGGGCGUCACUCUGAUGUCUCGACUCUCACAAUUCUCCUUCAAGAUGAGAUUGGGGGACUUUACGUAAGAGGAAACCAGGGUGAUAACUGGAUCCAUGUUCCUCCAAUCAAGGGUUCCCUUGUGAUCAAUGUUGGAGAUGCAUUGCAAAUAAUGAGCAAUGGCAGGUACAGGAGUGUUGAACAUCGUGUAGUCGCCAAUGGAAGUAAGAAUAGAAUUUCAGUCCCCAUAUUUGUGAAUCCAAGACCUACAGAUAUGAUAGGACCAUUGCCUGAAUUGGUCGCAAGCGGUGAGAAACCAAUUUACAAGCAAGUUCUUUAUUCAGAUUAUGUCAAACAUUUCUUCCGCAAGGCGCAUGAUGGAAAAAAAACAGUUGAAUUUGCUGAAUUAUAAGCAUUUUCAUCCAAUAUUAAUGUAAGCAUGUAGAUUUUUUUUGUUAAGAAAAUGGAUGAUAAGAAUAAACUGUAAGCAUAAAAGCAUAUAAUAUGCUUCAGGAUAUUA